AUGAAAAUGACAAGAAUAUUUUUUCUUAUAUUUAUUCCUUAUAUAUCCACGAUUUCAAUUGAUAUUCGUUAUCCACAAUUUUUUCAUCAAUCAUUACAUGAUUCGGCUGUUGAAAUCACCGAGGGUAAAACAAUCGGUAGUUUUAUUGCAUUUAUAAAUUUAGUUAAUGAUACAAAUAUAAUCCUAAACGAAUGGUUAUUAAAUACAACAAAUAAAGAUUUUAAAAUACAACAAAAUGGCAUAUCCUAUUCAUUAAUAACAACACAAGUACUUGAUCGUGAACGUGAAAACUUCUAUAAUUUUUCUAUUGAUGCUCAACAUCUUAUUCCGCCGUAUGAAAAAAUUUUCAAACCUAUUCGUAUUCGCAUACUCGAUAUAAAUGAUUGUACGCCAUCAUUUAAUCAAACAAUAUAUCACACAAUAUUAAUACCUAAUCAAACGAAUUUUACUAUUCAAGCAUAUGACUGCGAUGAAGUCAAUACCGAUAAUAGUCGAAUAUCAUAUUCAUUAUCAAAUUAUCAAGAUUUAUUUCGUAUAAAUGAAGCAACAGGUUCAAUUGAAUGUAUUAAAAAUUUCUAUAAUGAUGAACGUUAUGAUAUAAUUGUUGUUGCACGCGAUCACGGUAAACCAUCAUUAUCAUCAACAAUAUUAGUAAAAAUACAAUUAAUGUCAAUGAAAUCACCGAAGCUAAGCUCUUUUUCAUGGUUAAAAAUAGAGCAUACUUCUGCAAAUAUAUUAAUAUUAUCAAGUGUAUUAGGUUCUUGCUUAGUAUUUCUUUCCCUAUUAAUAUGUUUAAUAUGUUGUGUUAAUUAUAAAAUUAAACGAUGUAAAAGUGGAAAUUUUAAUGAAAAAAAAUUUUCAUCAACAUCAACAAUUAAUUCAUCAAAUGAUUUUCAACAGAAAACCGCUUACGAUGCUGUAAAUAUGUUUCCAAAUACAUAUUAUCUACCAGUCAAACCGCAACAACAACAGCAAUCAUCAGCAUACACCGAUGAAAUAAAUCAUUUGCAUACUAAUGAAAUAUCUUUAGAUAUACAACAAUCAUUAUCAACAACAAGUAGUCCAAUAUCAACGAAUGAUGUCGGAAUUAAAAUGAGUUCCGAUGAUGGUUGUUAUUGUUCAAGUGAUAUGUCAUCCGAACAAUCCAAUAAUAUUCUUCUACUUAAUCCAUCAUCGUUAACAUUAAUAGCAAAUUCAAAAUUAUUAUCGAAAAAUGUUCGAUUUAAUGAGAAUAAUCAUAGUAUUGAUGGAAUUUUAAAGCGUUUUGAAAAUUUAUAUGAAUCACAGAUAAAUUCAGACCAUUGUGCUUCAUAUGUUUGA